AUGGUGACAGUGUUCUGUGACAUGGUUCUUCAUGGUGGAGGCUUCACCUUUAUCCCCAAGUCGGCUGUCAAGGAAGGAACCCUACCCAACCUUGUAUCGCAACUUUUCACAAACCACUCCGAAGUUCUUCUGUACAUUCAAAAGAAAGAUGGAAGGCAGACCUACACCCACAUCGAACAACUUAAAGAGAAAUCGCAAACUCCUUUAGUAGUCUUGCAGAAUACCAACUCAGGUUAGUUUGUGUAAAUAGGAUUAUGAAAGCUAAAUUACUAAUGAUGUUAGUUGGUGCUUACGACCAAUUUGGAAAUGAAAAUGUGUUGUUAUAUAAGGGUGUGCAAAAAGGGUAGUGGUUCGUGAUGGUCGUUAUAGUGGCAGUAUACGUUUGGAAGUGUCCACUUAAAAAUAGUAACAAACACUUAAUUAAUUGGCCAAAGCAAAUUAUAUGUUUCCCAGUAGUUUACAAUGUGUCCAUUUUUAUGGUAUAAGGAUAUAGUGAUGUUGAUUUUGAUGGUAGUGGCAUUGCAAGUUUGUAAGAUCGGUGUUGUUAAUUAAAGUAAUAACAAACAAUUUACUUGGGUAACACAAAUUACUGGUCUCCCAGCAGUUAUAUGCACUGUUCCCGUUUUUGUGGUAUAUAAGGAUUGUGGCGGGGAUAGUUGAAAAUUACCAGUAAUUAUAAUGGUGAAAAUUGAUGAGAAUUAUUGCGACUUUGCAGUGAUUCUAAAUGAGAUAUUUGAAAGAAAAUCUAAAAACUAGAUUGCGUUUAUUAUGAUAAUUAUCAAAGUAAAUAUUAGUUUAAAGAUAAAGAGCAGAACCCAGCAAAUAACUGUAAAGCCAAACAUAAUAAAAGUAAAAAGUUUUUUUUAGCACGUUUCGUUGUUUACAAUACAUCAUCUUCAGAGCAAUCUAAAUUAAUUUACAGGGUAUUGUAUAUAUAUAUUUACAAAAUAAUAGUUUUAUAUUACAAAAACGGUUACAUAGUUUAAAAGAACAAAUGAACUGAAAGAAAAGAAAACAACUUAUCAGCAACUAGUUAAUAAGUAAAGAUUAAUGUUAAUUAAGUGCAUGGUUAGUAUAGUUAAGGUUAAUAUUACAUAACUAAAAUAACUCAAGAGGGGGUAGAUCUAAUGUUAGCAUUAAGGACAGGGUUAAGUUAAGAAAUUAAUAGGCUGACAAGGCGUUCUUAGGCGUUUCUUUAAAGCCUAUAUUAAUUUCUGAACUUAACCCAGUGUCCUUAAUGCUAAAAUUUGAUCUAACCCUCUUGAGUUAUUUUAGUUAUGUAAUAUAAUAUUAACCUUAACUAUACUAACCAUGCACUUAACAUUAAUCUUUACUUAUUAACUAGUUACUGAUAAGUUGUUUUCCUUUCUUUCUAUUCAUUUGUUCUUUUAAACUAUGUAACCGUUUUUGUAAUAUUAAACCAUUAUUUUGUAAAUAUAUAUACCAUACCCUGUAAAUUCAUUUAGAUUGCUCUGAAGAUGCUGUGUUGUAAACAACGAAACGUUAGCUAAUAAAUUAUUUACUUUUAUUAUGUUUGGCUUUAAAGUUAUUUGCUGGGCUCUGCUCUUUUUCUUUAAACUAAGAUUUCUGCAUGGUGUAUCAAUUGCAUCAAUAAUAAUAAUAUAUAUUAUUAAUAAUAAUAAUAAAAAUAAUAGAUAAUCAUUUUAUUAGUUUUUAGUUUGAAACUAGAUAAUCAGUUUUUUAGUUUUGCGUGAUAAUCAGUUUCCUAACCAGUGUUUUUAUUGUCCACUACCAUGUUAAUGGUGGUUGUCGUUGUAAUGAACACGGGCGAAUAUUGUUCUCGACAAAUCAAAGCAUUUGUUUACCUUUUGGGGUAGUAAUGGUGGUUGUCGUUGCAAUGGCAAUAUAAGUGGUAACUUGGGACGAUAGCAACUUCUGAUAGUGGAAACGCGAAUUUUGGAUUAUGAAUCAUUGUAUAUAUUGGUAGAAUUCCAAUUCUCGUAAGCUUCUACACAAAACGUUCGGCUUAGUAAAUCUUAUUUUCUUUAUUAGGCUCUGGUAGAACCUACAGCAUUCCUGCAAAUUCGUUCAUGUUAGACUAUUUUUAUCUGAGCACAUCAAUUUACACUAGCGGAUUCCUGUCCAACAAUAUGGAAGUGAAAUAUUAUUAUCGUCACUCUUUCCCCAUCACCGCUUACUUUGCAUUCUUUCCCAACAAUCGUGAAGAGAAGACGAGUACGAUUUACACCCAUACCCAGGUGUACGAAACAGGAUGGGUUGCGGUCGAUUGGAGGAACACUGGAAUGGUUUCAACAGAAAGAAUACCUAGCAAUUUCUUUUACUUAACUGAAGUGCAUUACACAUCAGGUUGUUAUACAUCCAGUGAUCGUUGGAUUGAAGCAAAUGGAACAGCAAUUGGAUUACGAUAA